AAAUCCCGCCCAGGGUUUGACACAGAAAACAUCUCGGUCGUCUAGAUGUUCAGAUUUCCACUAGGACUCGCGCGAGUCACCAUGUUGUCUUCAGCUCUUGUAAAAGCUGAUCGUCUCGCGGCUCACGUCGGCAAAAAAUACGCGCCAUUUUCUGAAUUCGUAGCGCGAGCCCUGAAGUCUCAAGCGGGCGAUGUGGAUUUUCACAGUGCAGCAUCGAUUUCUGGAAAAUACAAAACCAUAGAUGAUCUCCCGGGACCCAGCCUGGCCACAACUGCGUACUGGCUCUUCGUUAAAGGAUACGCGGAUAAAAGUCAUGCAAUGCAGGUGGAGCAUAAGCGGCUGUAUGGUCCGAUCUGGCGGUCACGCUUUGGGCCGUUUGAUGUGGUGAAUGUGGCGACGGCUGAACUGCUUGCACAGGUGAUCCGACAGGAGGGCCAGUACCCGGUGCGGACCGACCUGCCUCACUGGAAAGAAUACAGAGACAUGAGAGGACAGGCCUAUGGCAUUCACGUAGACACAGGCCCAGAGUGGUAUCGCAUCCGCAGUGCUCUGAACCCUAAGAUGCUUAAACUGAAGGAGGUAGCAGCAUAUGCACCCAUCAUUCACGAGGUUGUGUCUGAUCUCCUACAGCGUCUGGAACUCCUGCGUCUGCGCAGCCCGGACCAGGUCACCGUCAAGGACCUCGCCUCUGAGCUCUACAAAUUUGGCUUCGAGGGAAUCUCCUCGAUCCUGUUUGAAACUCGGUUAGGCUGUUUACAGGAGGAAAUUCCCACAGACACUCUACGGUUCAUAUCUGCUGUUAAUGAUAUGCUGGCGCUGUCAGAGACGGUUCUUUUUUUCCCCCGCUGGACCCGUCACAUCUUCCCAUUCUGGAAACGGUUUGUCCAGGCGUGGGAUGAUCUGUAUGACGUAGCCCGGGGUCUGAUUGAUAAGAAGGUGAAGGAGAUUCAUGAUCGGAUUGAGCGUGGAGAGGAGGUGGAAGGCAUGUAUCUCACCUACCUGCUUUCCAGCAAUAAACUCAGCAUAGGAGAAGUGUACAUCAGCCUGACUGAACUCUUGCUGGGAGGGGUGGAUACGACGUCUAACACAUUAUCAUGGACCUUGUACCACCUUGCACGAGAUGCAGAAAUACAGAACCGCCUGUAUAAUGAGAUCGCGUCUGUGUGUCCGAAUAAAGAGCUGCCGACCACAGAACACCUGACGAGGAUGCCCUACAUGAAGGCUGUCAUCAAAGAAACUCUCAGGAUGUAUCCUGUUGUCCCUGGUAAUGGACGCCUGACUGUGGAUUCAGAAGUAAUUGUGGAUAAUUACUGGUUCCCUAAGAAGACACAGUUCCAUCUGUGUCACUACGCUGCCAGUCACGAUGAGAGUCAUUUCCCUGAACCCGAGCGUUUUGUUCCGGACCGCUGGUUGAGAAGCAGCCCGUCUCGAUCUCAGCAUCACCCCUACAGUUCUGUCCCGUUUGGGGUUGGCGUUCGGGCCUGUGUGGGAAAGAGGGUCGCAGAGCUGGAGAUGUACUUUGCCCUAAGUAGACUGAUGCAACAUUAUGAGGUGAGAACGGAGGAGGGCGCCCCCUCGAUACAACCCAAAACCAGAACCCUGCUCAUUCCCUCUAAACCUAUUGACCUGCAGUUUGUCCCUCGGACUUAAUACCAGCCAGCUCCAAUCAAUCUUUUAACCAAAAUCACUACUUCAAAUCAUCUUACUUUAAAUGUCCAAAAGCUUGCCUCAAAUGUCUCUGUGAAGAAAUGAUCAAAAACAACAGCUUAAAUACUAUUUACAGCUGAGGUGUUGCAUUAUUAAAGCAUUUGCAAACAGUCAAAAAAAAAACCCCAACGGAGAGCUAUGAGCACCGGCUCUCUUGCAGAAUCACUAUUGCUUUUUUCGACAGUGACAAGAAAGCAGGAAAGAAACGGAAGAAAACACAGACCUUCUGUUCACAUGCUAGUGGCAGUGACUGCACAAAUAUCACCAUCAAUAAAACCUGCUACGUGCCGUAGCCAAGCGUCAGAUCAAGCAGAAAGAAUCUUCUUUAAAAUGUUUUUUGACUAUUAUUUUUUUAUUACGAUGCUAUCCUUGCUGUUUUUAAUAUAUUAAUCUAAUAUCGAUGUUAUGGCAUUUUUUUUCUACCUUUAAUCAAAAGAUAUUUUUGGGGAAUCUACACUUGCUUUGGUAUUCGUUUUGAGCCCGGGCACAAGUCAAUGAAUUAACUAGAAAUGCAAAGAACUAGAAAUGGUAGUUUACGUAAAUGAACCUGUUGCCAAAUCACCCGCAUGUUGACCCACACACAAGCUUAUUGCAUUUCAGCGUUUCGUAAUUUAUGUUUGCUUACCUUUAUGUACUGAAAUUGAAAUGAAUAAAAAAUACUAUACACGUAUUAAAAUAAUGAUAGCAAUAAUAACAAAAAAACUAACCAAAAAAUAAGAAAACAUGAAAAAUGAAAGCUAAUUUAAAUGAAUGACUGUAAUAUUAGGCUCUCCAUAUACUAACAUAAUGGUGCAUCGCAGUGCAAUAAUAUUACAAAGACAUUUACUACAGCUGUAAUAGUUAAGAGCAUGCUCUUCUGUGUUGCUCAAGAGCUUUUCAAGCGACUUGGACGAGCCGCAAAACUCUUGAGCAACAGAAUCGACCGUGUGAUUCAUGUCACGUAUUAUCUACCUGUAUUACUUUACAAAAUGAACAAGAAGGAAAUAAAAAGCCAAAGCCAUUGCUCA